UCACACCCUGCCCCCCCAGGGAAGGAGAAGAAGGCCCCCGUGCUGGAGGGGGCCCCGCUGAAGCUGAAGCCGCGCAGUAUCCAUGAACUGUCGGUGGAGCAGCAGCUGUACUACAAGGAGAUCACCGAGGCCUGCGUGGGCUCCUGCGAGGCCAAGAGAGCCGAGGCCCUGCAGAGCAUCGCCACCGACCCCGGGCUCUACCAGAUGUUACCUCGCUUCAGCACCUUCAUCUCCGAAGGGGUGCGUGUGAAUGUGGUGCAGAAUAACCUGGCGCUGCUCAUCUACCUGAUGCGGAUGGUGAAGGCGCUGAUGGACAACCCCACCCUGUACCUGGAGAAAUACCUGCACGAGCUGAUCCCGGCCGUGAUGACCUGUAUCGUGAGCCGGCAGCUCUGCCUGCGGCCGGACGUGGACAAUCACUGGGCCCUGCGGGACUUCGCCGCCCGCCUCAUCGCCCAGAUCUGCAAGAACUUCAGCACCACCACCAACAACAUCCAGUCCCGCAUCACCAAGACCUUCACCAAGAGCUGGGUGGAUGAGAAGACGCCCUGGACCACACGGUAUGGCUCCAUCGCUGGGCUGGCCGAGCUGGGUCACGACGUGAUCAAGACCCUGAUCCUGCCGCGGCUGCAGGUGGAGGGCGAGCGGGUGCGCGGCAUCGUGGAGGGGCCGGUUGUCAGCAACAUCGACAAGAUCGGGGCCGACCACGUCCAGAGUCUGCUGCUGAAGCACUGCGCCCCGGUGCUGGCCAAGAUCCGCCCGCCGCCCGACAACCAGGACUCGUACAAGGCCGACUACGGCUCCCUGGGCUCCCUGCUCUGCACCCACGUGGUGAAAGCCCGGGCACAGGCCGCCAUGCAGGCCCAGCAGGUCAACCGCACCACCCUCACCAUCACCCAGCCCCGCCCGACGCUGACCCUGUCCCAGGCCCCCCAGGGCCCCCCGCGGGCCCCGAGCAUCAUCAAAGUGCCCAGCUCCAUCACGCUGCCCGUGCAGACCCUGGUGUCCGGCCGCCCCUCCACCCCCACCCAGCCCUCCCCGCCCCCCACCAAGUACAUUGUCAUGUCCUCCGCCUCCGGCAGCAGCGCCUCCCAGCAGGUGAUCACCUUCAGCAGCAGCCCCCUGGGCACGGCCAGCUCCCCCGUCAGCACCACGGCGGCCGGGGUGCAGCCCGUGGUGAAGCUGGUCUCCACGGCCCAGACGGCGCCCAGCGCCACGGUGACGGGCAGCCUGCAGAAGUACAUCGUGGUCUCGCUGCCGCCCCCGGGCGAGGGGGGCAAAGCGGGGGGGCCCCAGCUCUCCCCCUCGGCCCCGCCAGGCCUGGCGCUGCCCGGCCUGGCCCCCGCCGCCACCAUCAAGCAGGAGCCUGGGGACAGCCCCCAAGCCCCCCCCGGCACCCCCAGCCCCUUCGGCAAAGCCAACGGGACGCAGGGGGGCGUGGCCGGGUCGCCCCAGCCCUCCCAGUGACCCCGGCCACAGGGACACCCCCACCCCCACAGUGCCCUCAGGGCUGGGGUCGGUGAUGUG